AUUGGUUUCUUCUUGGCUAUUUAUUGAUUCAUCAUGUCAGAAACAAAAUUAUCCAACCAUAUCAUACCAACUUCACAGGACUGUGGAAAUAUUGUUCAAUGGGAACACAUCAAUAUUGAUAUUCCAGAUACUGAUAUCACUUUUUAUUUUUAUUUUCAAGCACUUGGGCUGACCGUCGAUCCCUAUCUUCCCAGUCAGUUUUAUAACCGUGUGUAUUGGGCAAACGUGGGUCAACAGCAGUUUCACUUGGUACGUUGGAAUCAUGCACAAGUCAUACAAUGUGGAAAGCUUGUAUUGCAAGUUCCUUGCUUGGACCAAUUGGAAACUAGAUUGGUAGCUGCCGAACCCAAGUUGAAAGGUACCUGUUUUCAGUGGAAAAAAGAAGAACAAAACAAAGAUAAAGCGAUAUACGUAACCUGUCCUUGGGGAAAUCAAUAUAUAGUUGUGGAGAGUGACCGUAUUCCUUCCAAUUGUGGGUCAUUCCCGUUGGUUUCGUACCCUUGGCAAUUGGGUCUAUGUUCAUUGAUACUCAGUUGUGCAAAGGAUACUAGUAAAAAAAUUGCCAAGUUUUUCCGCAAUGUUUUAUUUGCUAGGGUAUGGGAAACGGAAAAUAGUGCCAUUGUAUGCCUCGGACCACGGCAGUCGAUAGUAUUUGAAGAAGAUGAAGCUAGAAAUCUACCAGAGUGUCUUCCUGGUCGUAAAGAGGAUCCUAUGUAUCCUGAUUAUCAUGUGUGUGUUUAUAUUGCCGACUUUCAAAAAGCGUACCAACAAGUAGAAGCAUUGGAGUUGUUAUACAACGAUCACAUCUUUUCAGACAAGAUAUACAGUUACCAAGAUGCAUUGUUUCAUAAUCAGUUCCGGUUUCGAGAUAUCAUCGAUAUGGAUGCCCAUGAACGAGGAGAAAGACGCGUGUUGUAUCAGUUGCAGUUUGAAACACGUAGUUUGUAUCAUCCUUUUUAUAUGAGACCAUUGGUGAAUAGAAUGGGACAAGUUGGCAUAUAUUGUUUUCAAUAAAGAAAAAAAAUGCAAUGUGCGCGCACUUCGAAUUCAUUG